AGCCAGUUUUUUUUUGUUGUUGUUGUUUGUUUCUCUUACUGGCAAACGGCAGCCUCCAGAGACGGACCGAGGGCGCUUCUACUGUAACCGGGGGGAGGCAUCGCUGGUUUGUUUGGUCUGAGGAAGGAAGUCUCCUGCAGGAAAAAGCAAUGAAAGGCCUAUAAUUAUCACUCCGAGUGCUUUCUGUUUUUUUUUUCUUCCCCUCGAUCUCACUGGGACGGUUCAGCGUGGAGAAGAAGAACAAGGCUCCGGGGGCUUGUCUGAGAACAUGGAGGGAUUGUGUUGAAUUUUUGAAGCCGAAGAAGAGCCUGUGCUGUUUGUGUUGCGAGUAAAUUAAGUGGGAUCAAUAUUUAUGCGUUUGGGAGCGCUUGGAGCCACCGGCACGCUUCUUGUUGGAGGUUGAGGGCUGCAGCACCGAUGGAGGACAUCGACCUGGAGCGGGAGCAGGGCGAGGAGCACGAGCCGCUCCCCGUGGACAGGGAUGGGAGGGAGUUCAGGAGCAAAGCGGACGAGGACAGUAACCUGGGAUGCUGUGGGAAGUUCCAGCACGCCUUCUCCAAAUUGCUGCUCCCAAAAGAGGCUCGAGAGACGUACCUGGAACGUGCCAACUGCUGCCCGCCGCCCAUCUUCAUCAUCCUCAUCAGUAUUGGAGAGUUGGCGGUUUUCAUCUACUACGCCGUGUGGAAGCCUUCCCAGAACCAACAGUGGAUGACCCUGGAUGAAGGCAUCUGGAAUAGCCCACUAACGUACAAGCCGGAGUGCAGGCAGCAAGCAUGGCGCUUCAUCUCCUACAUGUUUGUCCAUGCAGGUGUGGAGCACAUAGUGGGAAACCUGGUGAUGCAGCUAAUGCUGGGCAUCCCGUUGGAAAUGGUCCACAAGGGAUUUGAAGUGGGAAUGGUUUACCUCGCCGGUGUCAUCGUAGGCUCUUUGGCCAGCUCCAUCUUUGAUCCCCUCAGUGCCUUGGUGGGAGCUUCAGGAGGCGUUUAUGCUCUAAUUGGAGGGUAUUUCAUGAAUGCAGUGGUGAAUUUCCGAGAGAUGAUUCCUCUCCUUGGAGUAUUUCGUAUCCUCGUCAUCGUGAUCAUUGUGGGCACAGAUGUUGGAUUUGCCUUCUACAGAAGAUUUGUCAGUCACGAGGAAGGUUUACAGGUGUCCUUCGUGGCUCAUUUUGGAGGAAUCGUGGCCGGGAUGACCAUCGGCUACGUCUUCUUCAGCGCCUAUAACCAAAAGCUGCUUAAAGACCCGCGUUUCUGGCUUUGUAUCAUAGUCUUUAUAGCCUUUAUCAUAUUUGCUGUGCUUUUCAACAUCUUCCUUUCUCCAGCACCGUGAAGCUACACUCAUUUUUUUCACAGUAAUAUCUGUGGGUCACUCAGGAAGCAGAUUUUUAACAAACCGAGUUGCUUGUCAGGGACUUUUUAAAUGCUGUACACAGGGUUUUCUUUUCAAUCAAUGUUGUAUUUUUCUUUUUCUAGGGCUGAAUUUGUGAGUGUAAGGUGCCUCUUGCAUUUUUACGUGCAGCAUCACAGACAUUUUAGAUGAAUAUGAAAGGAGAUUCAUUUUAAACACAAGUCACCUAUAUCACUGAUCCAGUUUUUAUUGCUUUGUGUGCUUUGUUUGCUUUUCACAUUUUGUCUUACUGUACUGUACACGACUGUCAGGAAAUUAUUGAACACUGGUGGUAUUUCAUGUAAUUUUCUUGGAGAGAAAACAGAGUAACUUUGUGUUGUUGCAAGAUUUCAGUUGAAUCAUCAAUGACUCUCAUUGACUUCUAGUAUUCAUAAAAUGUGCCUUUCAUGUUAUGAAUUCCUCCGCCCCAUGAAAACUAGACAUUUCAUGUUAAUAUCACAUUAAGUAACGAUAUAUCACCUGGUUGAUACUUUCCGAUAACCUUUCUUAUCUGUAGAGACGUAUUCAAAUUUAAGUUGUAGUCUAAUGGGGGUAUUUCUUUGUUAUUUAAGUGUAUAAAGGGAAACUUUUUAAUAUCAAAUGUGACACUAGUUGUCUGAAACGCUCAUGUUACAGAUUUCUGGGGACCAAAGACCAAACACAGACCUGCUACACUUUCAGCAUUUCCACUACAAAUUAUUUUUAAUAAAGUCACACAUUUUUUAA